UAAGCCUAAGUAACGGAAAAAUUCUUGAGAGAGUGAGGAUCGAGGUUGCUGCUUUCCGAUACACAGUUAGACAUACGAGAAAAAGGGUAACUAACUGCUUUGCUCCCUCUUCCAAUGUCGUUGUCUCGGAGCUGUUCUCUUCUUAUUUCAAAUUCAUCUCUUCACUUCUCUACUGUUCAUCUUCUGUGAAAAUUUCCGCGAAUCAACUUGGAGGAAACCGAUCCAUAGUCUAAGCGGUUUGGGGUUUUGAUGUAGUUCGAAGGAAUGGCCAUCAGAGGCGUAGAUUUCAAGUGGUAUGAUGGUUUCUUCUUGUCAAUGCUCGCGACAAGUGUAAUCAUUGUUUCGAUCAAUUGGAAGCGUUAUCAUCUCUGUAUUCACCCUUUGCAUAUAUGGAUUGUGGUUGACUAUACAACUGUCUUUGUUUUCCGGCUAUUAAUGUUUGUCGACAAUGGCCUAGCUGCGGGGAUGGGUUUGGAUCUUGGGUGGCAGCAAAGAUAUGCUCGUUUCUGUGGAAGAAUUGUGGUUCUUUCAAUUCUUUCACUGCUACUUUAUCCGUUCCUUUGGGCUUGGACUGUAAUUGGGACCCUUUGGUUUACAAGUGCAAGAAGCUGUUUGCCUGAGGAAGGUCAGAAAUGGGGUUUCCUUAUUUGGUUGCUUUUCAGCUAUUGUGGUCUCAUUUGCAUUGCCUGCAUCUCUAAAGGAAAGUGGUUGGCACGAAGGCAAGCACACCAGCUACGUGCUCAACAAGGGAUUCCGAUUUCAGAACAUGGUGUUUUGGUUGACAUGAUUCGGGUACCUGAUUGGGCUUUUGAAGCUGCUGGUCAGGAGAUGAGAGGGAUGGGCCAAGAUACGGCUGGUUACCAUCCAGGACUUUACUUGACUGCAACCCAGAGAGAAGCAGUGGAGGCACUUAUACAGGAACUUCCCAAGUUUAGGCUAAAAGCUGUUCCAACUGAUUGCAGUGAAUGCCCUAUCUGCCUUGAAGAGUUCAGUGUAGGUAAUGAGGUUCGUGGGCUUCCCUGUGCUCACAAUUUCCAUGUGGAAUGCAUUGAUGAGUGGCUUCGGCUGAAUGUAAAGUGUCCACGUUGCCGAUGCUCUGUCUUCCCUAACCUUGACCUCAGUGCCCUCUCCAACCUCCAAGCUGAUUCUGGGCGGACGUCUGCCAGUGUUGUGACCACCACACGCUAUGUGCGAGCUCAGCCUGUUGGCCAGAGUUAUCUGUUGAGGUUGCAGGGUCUGCUCAGACCAAUCCGAACAGAGAAUGUACCAGACAAUGGUGUGGAAAGUGCCUUGGAAGCUGCUGAGGAAGGAAGAUUGGCAACUGUCACUCAAGAUCCCAUCAGCAUUACUCCUGCACCAUUGAGGGAAUGCAUGGUUGUUGAUCAGUCAACCCAGCUUCAACAUUAAUAGUACCCAAUUCAUAUAGCCUUGUGCUUUUUUUGUUUUUUUGGGGUGGGGGGUGUUACCUGUUCAUCUCAUGCCUCGGCGCACUAUUUUUACUGAGUUUAUACAGAAGGAAUAGUCAUUAACAGUUCUCAUAAGCGGAAUGUAGGGAAUGAAAUUCCUAUUGAUGGCUC